AUGGCGCGCAAAUGCUGUUCCCACCCUCAACGAGCACCGCGCGGGUGCUUCGACAUCACCAAAGCUCCACAUCUAUGUUGCUACAAGGACCUGGCUGCGAGUGGUCGACAGCCAAGUCAGGAUUCCGUGCCAGAGGUGCCUCGUGUUGCUUGCGCAGCCAUGGCAGACCUUUUGACAGCCAGCAUAGUGAGGUGGAUGGAGCGCUUGCUGCGGCUCCCUCGGAAGCUUCAGGCACCCUGCAUCGCUGGCUCCAUGGCGGACCGGCUGCAGGCCGCCAGCCGAAACAGCGGCGGUCGUGCGCUUCGAAGGCUGCACAGCUGGCUGCUGGAGCAUUGCCCAUCAAGACGUGCACUCACGGCGAUGAGGCGUAAUCUUCUGUUUUGGGAGAAGUGGCAACGGCCCUGCACAAGCUGCAGGGGAACGGUGCAGAACCUCACCGCGGCACUGGAAGUGUGUCGGGCAAAGCUCCCGAAGGCUCCCGUGCUGCAGGUGCACAUCGCCAAGACCGCUGGCACUAGCCUUUGCACCUGGGCGAACAGCAGCGGUCUUCCCUCGCGGAGGCUUCCAGAUGGGCGCUGCCAACUCCCAGGCGAUGGGCCCUUCUGGCUGGGUGAGAGGGCUGCGCCUGCGACGUGCCAGCAGCGGCUUCGGGAGAUGGCUCGGUUCAACUUGUCUUGGAGCUCCAUCGAACGAUGGCUGGACCUUCCUCUCUGCGAGGAGCUGCAGUAUGUCACUGCACUACGGUUGCCAGUUUCCAGGACGCUGCAUCACUUCCUUCACUUGCUCAGUUUUAACCAUUUGGGCCGCUUCGACUUGCGAGACGAGGUCGACAUAUUCGCGCUUCGGCAAGGCUUCUUCCACAAAGUGCUGCGCGCGCCGCCAUGGCUGUGGGCCAACACCUCAAACCAAGGCUUCCGAUGGCCGGCUUCUACAUCCCAGCUGCGGGACUUCCUGCAGCUUUGGCGCGGUAUGGCCAGCAACUACCAGGUGCGAUCCCUGGCAGGUGCAGCGGGAGGCUCCGCCUUUCUGGAGGACCAUGCCGCGCAUCGGCUCUUUGCUGCGAAGCAGGUCCUAGAGCAGCUUGAUGCGGUCAUCGUGGUCGGGAAUGGCUUGGUCACAAGCAGCCAGAUGAAAUUGGUUGCUGAGCUGGUCGGCGCCCCCGAAGCGGACAUCCCUGCAGAAUUGGAAGCGCACAUGACAGGCUCAGCGGCUGGACCUGGAUCGAUCCCGUUUGCCGCCUUCGAGCAUCCUUGGGAAGAGGGAGAGCUCCAGGAUCUGAUGCGAACAAACGCGGCAGAUCGGCUAUUGGUUGAGCAUGCGAUGAGACUGCAGACCCUGGACUCAGACUUCUUCUUUGCGCAUGCCGGAGAAAAAGGCUGGUGGCCUGCUUGA